AUGAUUAAAUUAAGGGAAUAGGAGUCAGAUUAUUAAUGUUUGUACUAACAUUAAAAACCCAUAGUAGCAAUCGCUUUAAACAAAAGUUCGUCUUUAUGUAAUAGAUUCUUGUGCGCUGAUUGUAUCAAAAAUUUUGAAAAGAAUAUCAUGACUAUGGGAUGGAGGACAGCAAUUGAAAAAAUUGAAUCCGAAUUGUAACAUAAACAUAAAGUAAUUGAAACACUUAUCACUCCAUUUCUUAAAUUGCUUAAAGAAUUUCAAAGUGAUCUAGAACAAUUUAGGAUCGCCAUUUCAAAUUAAAUAGAUCAAGUUCUAUCAAUAGUCAAUUAAUGGUAGUAAGAUUUACAUAACGAAAAAUAAAAAUAGGUUGACUACAAGUUUCUUGAAGAGUUGGAAUAUAUUGUACAAAAAGAAAUUACAUAAUAAAGUAGUCAAUAUUUUGAAGAUAAAAUUAGAAAUCAAAUAAAAGAAUUAUAAUCUAAAUGGAUUGUUCAGGUAGAAUCAAAAUUAUCCUAAUUAUCAAAAUUUGAAUAGUUAAACUCUUGCUAAGAGAAAUUAAAAUUGAUUGAUAAAUAAAGAAAAAUUUAAAUAAUUAAAUUAAAAAAAGAAUUAGAGUUGCCAUUAAUAAAACUUGAUUCAACUGAAAUAGGAGUUUAAUAUUACUUAUAUGAUACUAGCUAAAAAAGUCUAAGCAAUAAUUAUAAAACAGUAAUUUUUAUUGGGUAGAAGGAGUAAGGAAAAACUACAUUGAUAGAUGCAUUUGUAAAUUAUUAUUUUGAUAUUAAAUUUGAUGACAAUUUUAGAUUAAGGGUAUCAAACAAUGAGCCAACGUCAAAAGCUACACAUUACAUGAUUCCUCCAUAUGGCUCAAGAACAUACGGAUUUUGUUUGAUUGAUACUCCAAGUUUUCACAAUAAAAAUGAUUCAGAAAUAAUGAAUUUAAUAAUUAACUUAAUCCUCAAUUGCAAGGAUCAAUUAACAUUGGUAUUUUGUUUAAAAGCAGAAAACACUAGAAAUGCUUAAGAAUCAGUCUAAACUUUAUAAGAUAUACUUGCAGUCACAGGAUAACAUCAAGAAAUUAAAUUAGUUAUCGUUCGUACUCUCUUUUCAAAUGAAAAUAUCAAUACUAUUAAUACUGAAGAUGAUUUAUAUCUUAAUGAAUUAGAAGAGUCUUACAAUUUAGAUAUUAAUGCAAAUAAUGUAUUAAGAAAGAAUAAAAGUACUAAAACUAUCUUUAAAUAAAGUAUGGAAAAGUUAUAAUAGAUUGAAUUUUAGGAAUAAAAUCUAUCGCUUUCUGUUAAAAUGUAGCUUGUGUCAAAUAGAGUGUCUAAUAAUACAAAUUAUUCACCAAUAUUCUAUUAAAGUUACAAUUAACUAAAAUAGUUAUUCCUUCAAAAUGUUCAGAUCUAUAAUAAAAAUAAACAAUAACAAUAUCUGAAUAAUAUGAUAACUCUCUAUUAUUUAAAGAGGGUUGAAAAACAAGUUAAUACCUUUUAGUUCAAUUGUGAUUAUCAUUUACUAACAUGUUUAACUGGCUUCAGAAAUCAAAUAAAUGCAGUUGAUUGUUGGGCUAUCUUAAAUAAUUAAUGCAUCUGCGGAUGCACAAAAGAACGAAUUUCCAUUAAUUAUCAACAAAUAUCAUAUGAGGAAGAAUGUACAAUCACUUGUAAUGAUGAAGUUUAUUAAGAAAAUAUUCUCAUUAAUAAAUUAGCUUUGCGAAGGAUAUUUUAUUUCCUUUUUAACCUAUAUAUAUAUAAAUCUUAAAAUCAACAAUUCAAAUAAAGUUAAUUUUUUGAGAUACUCAAGAAAGAGGAACAAUUCAAAGAUAAUAUUGAUUUAGAAUUAUGCCAAUAGGUAUGUUUAGGGUAGUUUAACAAAUAAUAAAAUGUCCAGUAAAAUUAAUAGUACUACAAGAUGUAAAAUAACCAAUUGUACCCGUAAUAGCAUUUAGCUCUAAACAGUUAAGCUAUAUAAAAAUUACCAUAAAAUUAAGUGCUUAAUAAUGAAUAAUACACACCAUAGCGAAUUUAAUAAAACAACUAAUAAGACUUUUUCUUCAACAACUAAAAAUAAGCUUAGAUGCCUCAAAAUGUGCACUAAUUAAAUGAUAAAUAAGGAUAGUUUUAAUAGUAUCCAAUUAUAAAUAGACCUAAUCCUUCACCUGGAUAAAAUUUAUAAACUUUCUAUCCAACACUAAAUAAUUAAGGGCCUACUCAAAAUACUAUGAGAUUUUGA